CCAAGCGCAGCGCCACCAGGUCACUUUGCAAUGCUUCUUCCUGUGCCUGUGGCGCUCGCGCCGUCUUCUUUUUGCUGUCUUGCUCUCCUGCUGUUCUCCCUCUCUUCUCUUCUAUUUUGCUGCUGUUGCCAGAUCAAUCCGAUCAAUGGGAAAAGCAAGCAACGUGGGUGGUAUCGGCGUGUGGGCGAGCAGAAGGCAAGGUACCCGGUCUCAUGCGCCCGCGUAAAAUUACAUGUCCUGUGUACAUGCAUGCCUCUGAGAAGAAUCAACAGCCCACCCACCUCCACAACAUUAUCAACACCAACAACACCAACAAUUGACAACAACAACACCACCACCACCACCACCAGACAGGACGGCACUGCUCGGUGCUACCUACCCACCUGCACAGUACGUAGCAUGCUCGACGGCGUGCCGACCAAGCCUACUCGCCAUUGGGCUGAUUCGACCUCUUCCCUGCUACGCGUCUCGCCAUCCGAGAGAUGCGUUGGCCAUCCUCCUGCCCACUCCCCCAAUCAAACGCUGUAACGUGCUUGUCACCGCUUCACCAUCUUUUCAAUGACAGCAUUCCACCUCCCAUCGUCAUCAUGGCCUCGCUGCUUCCGGCCUCCGCCUGCUACUCACUUGCUCCUCAGCCAAUACGCCACAUAUAGCUGAGUAUCCAUCCAGUACCCAUCCGGCAUUGCGUCAUGCCCAUCCGGCUUUGGACCGCGGGCAUAUGAAUGCAUUAUUUCACAUGCCCAAGCUCCCCGAAUGGGGCCGUGAACACACAUGUACCGGAUCCUUCCAUAUACACGUGCACCAUGCCUCCGAACAUGGUACAUAUCAAAUUGCAAAACCAAACAUGCACAGCACCCGAAGCGAGUACGGACCUGCAUAAGCAGCACGCCAGCUUGCUUCUGCCUGUCUUUCCUUCACAUGCACGUCAGGGCAUGCGCCGGCUGCUGUGUGUGCGUGCAUACAGACUACAUAGGUAGUCUGUAUACAUCUGAUAUCCAAUGCGUCCGUCACCCCCUACCAGACACACAACCAGGUACAUGCUACAUAGUACCACCUUGUCCCCACCGCGAAUCGGUGUGUUUGGUUGCUGUUCGCACUCUUGUAUUCAUCCAUUGUCCCUGUCAUUGCCAUUGCUAUUGGUCUUCAUCUAUUGAGAGAACAAAAAGCAUCCAAAGCAAAAUAAACAAGACCCUGGCUGACUGCGGACCCUUGCCCCAUUUCCACGCGAAUGUAAUUUCUACCCGUGCCGUCAUUGCUUUUUGCCAUUGUGGACUCGCACACAUGUCCUCUCGGCGAAAUUUCCGAAUACAAGAUUGAAGGUACAAGACACGAUUAAACUGUCGAGAAACAAAAUUGUGGAAAUCGAAGGUUCCCCCAAUGUGAAUACCUCUUUCAGCUUAGCGUCUUUCAGUUGAUGGUUUGUGUCCCUUGGCCUCACUAACAACAAUCAAUGUCCCAACUCUGGUUACACGUACCUUCUUUCUCAUUGCCUCGAACAAUAUCACACUUCCUGUGCGACUCCAUUCUCAAUGCCAGCUCCGUCCCCUUGUCCCGUUCUGAAUAUUGAUCGAGCUCUGUCUUCCUAUGUCCACUCGCGCGAAGAGACCUUGAAAAUACGCAAGACACUUACAAAGUAUCUGGCCGCGAGUUUACGUCCUGUAAACUCCCCAUCUCGUGAUCAACAUCUGAGUCAGGAAUGUCCUCAGGGUGUUACCGCUUCUAGUAAAAACCCGCCGGGUCUUGCUGGUCUACGGAGCGAGUUUUUACACGAGUUAAGGAACCAAAGCGCAGCCCAAACACGCUAUCGCCAAUUGCAAACUUCCUUGGAUGAAUUACAGAACCGCCACUUGGUAGAAUCACCUGUAGAAGCCGAACCAAAAAACGACGAUGACACUACACAAAGCUACAUAGCACUUUUACGGCAGCGGCGUGGAUACUCGGAACUACAGAUCAUUCAAGAAUCUUUAGAAAAGCUUCUCGAUGUCAAUCCUAUCAAUGGAUCGCAAGAUCCAAAAACCCUUGUUACCCGCGCCAUUGGGGAACAGCCCAGCCUACCUGCAGAACGUUUAGAUCAGAUUUUGGCGACUAGCGGUGACAGCCCGUUUACCCUCAAAGUGAAGAAGGAAGUCAUCGAUGCGAGUUCGGGCAUGGAAAGAACCAGAUCUGCGCGGGCCAAUGCCAAAGCGGCGUCACAGGAGUCUCCCAAACUGGAAGACCAAAUUCGUGCCCUCGGUGUCGCCCGCGAGGAAAUGAUAGAGUGGGUGCAAACUGAGCUGGCCAAGAUAGAAGUGGAAUCUGAAAUCAUUGAAGAUGCCUCGCCGAUCAAACGCGCGACGCACCCCUUCUCCCCUGCCGACCUCGCAUCAUCUGAAUCGCGAAUCCAGAGUACAUACGAAGCAUACACAGUGUCUCGUCUGGCUGCCAUCAAGUCCCAAGUCUCCCUCCAGGAACCGAUUGAAAAAGAGGAAGCCACUGGUGCACCUCAAACAACAAUUCAACAGACGGAUAUUGACGACGAGAAAAAGCGACUGUCGAAUGUUUUUACCAAGUUCUUACCCCACCUGCCAAGUCUCAUGCACAUUGACAACGGCGAAAGAGCUUUGCUACAGCACUUGAUCUACCUCCAGGCGCAGAUAAAUGCUGCAGACGACGAGACUGCGGAGCAACUUUCGAGGCUUGCCGGAGAAAGCCAUUUGCUUCCAUCAAGCGCGAAAGGAGUGGAAUCAUGGGGAACCAUCACCGCUGAAAUCGAGCAGUCGAAUGAGAACUUGGUCAGAACAAGCAUUGCUGAGAGCAAUCAAGAAAUCAGUCGCAUCUCUACUAUUGUCGAUCUCUGCUCUUUGCAAAGCCGGGUGCUAUCAUCCAUGUAG